GCAGUCCACCAUCAUCCGCGCAUCCCCAUCCGACUCCAUCCCCCGCCCCUCCCUCGGCCCGUCUCUUCCUCCCGUCCUGCCCACGUCAAAUCACUCUUGGACCGGAGCUGGAAGCGCGGCCCCGCUCGGUGCCCCUGCGAUAGCUGGAAGCAUGAAGGAGCCCGUGGCCUGUUCCUCCCGCCACCCUGGCUCGAGGGGCCCGGGGCGCCCCGCUGUGGCCCUAGGCUCUGGCACGGGGCCUGCCUCCCUCCCUCCUGCUUCUCCUCAUCGGUCCCGUGGCCAUGGGGCUGCUGGGCGCCAUCCGGGUAACGCGGGGUCGCGCGGAAGGCCCGCGGAGAUUCCGGAGAGUGCGCCUCCAGGAGGCGCCGACAGCGGCGCUAGCGGCCACGCUGGCGGUUGCGUUCAGCGCGCUUGGCCUGGGCGGCGGCGCGGCUUCGCUGCAGAGGCCGGACCUGGCUCUCCUCGGGCGACCGGCAGCCCGCCCAGCGCGCCUUGCGCCGACCGCACGGCGGAAGCAUGCAGGGCGCGACCUCGGAGUGGCGCGCCGCGCCGACCCGAGAUUGGCGGAGGCCGUCAGCAGGACGAGGCCGUUGCCCGAAUUGAGCGAGCCCGACUGGGCCACGCUGCUACCGACCUUCGCGGUGGUGGUCACCGCCUGCGUUGUGCCAUUCGCAGUCUGGUUUUACGUGGUAGUGCCAGCUAGGAGAACGGAGCUGGCGAAGAGCAAGAGGCGUGGCGAGAUGAAGGAGUAUUUGAAGGAGCUGGCCGCCGCGCCAGAGGAAGACCGCAAGAGCGAGAAGUGGUUCUACGACAAGUAUCUCCGUGAGGCUAAGUUGGUGUCAGGGCCUCGCGAGCCUGGUGUGCGGGAGGCGGUCGAGGAAUUCGAGGGCGACCUGCAGAGAAAGCUGCCCGGUGGAGGCUUCCUUAGUUUCGACAACCCGGUGUUCGUGUAUUUGUCGAUCUUGACGGUGUUCCUGAUAAUACAGACUUUUGCAAAGGUGUUAGGCCUGGCUGCUUGGUGAGAGCUGCUGCCAGUCUCUUCUUCAGGGAGCGUCUGACACAUUCUGGACCUCUUUCCCGCGCCGUCUGUCGACCUGAGAAGGGAACGCGAGACUCACGAAGAAGAGCGAUGGCCUCCCAGUGCAUGUUCCUACCUCAGGGCUGCUCCGCUCUUGAUCGCUCCUCCCUGGCCCCUGACCCCAGCACAAACGUCCUCCUUUUCCUUAUGAUUUCCGCCCGCCAGCACUGGCAGCCGUGUAGGCGUGCCUGUACAGUACCAGCCUCUGCAAACGAGGCUACGCCGUGUUCGCGCGUCGAUUUUCACGUUGCUCGGGGGCGGCCGCCGAAAAUCUGAGGC